GCACCGUAAUCCUUUCGCCCAGACACUCAGUCUUCUGUAACAGAUCAUCCAAAUGAAACUAUGGUGUUAGCAGAUAACAACCGUAUAUAUAUGUAGAACUCCAGUAGCCGUUGAAGAGAGGGUGAGAGAGGAAUGUAUUCCUCGCUGAUGCUUCGUCGUUUUUGCUGUUUCCAGACUUCCAGCUCUUCUCCUCCUCUGAAGAAGAAGCCCGUUGUCUUCUUGGGCUCUCCUCAGGUCUCUGCAACAGUCCUUGACGCCCUUCUCAGUGCAUCUGCUGCUGCGGACUCCUUGUUUGAGGUUGCAGCAAUUGUUACUCAGCCGCCUUCUAGAAGGAAUAGGGGGAAAAAGGUGAUGCCUUCUCCAUUGGCACAGUAUGCUCUUGAUAGAGGCUUCUCUUCUGACCUCAUUUUCACGCCUGAAAGGGCUGGAGAGGACAUAUUCUUAUCGAAUUUAAAAGCUUUAGAGCCAGAACUCUGCAUUACAGCAGCAUAUGGAAAUAUUUUACCCAGCAAGUUCCUCGAUAUUCCACCACUGGGGACAGUGAAUAUACACCCCAGUCUGCUGCCACUGUACCGUGGUGCUGCUCCUGUUCAAAGAGCGUUGCAGGAUGGCGUUAAAGAAACAGGAGUGUCAUUGGCAUUCACUGUGCGUGCACUUGAUGCUGGACCUAUUAUUUCCUGUGGAAGAUUGAAAAUUGACAAUCAAAUUAAGGCACCUGAUUUACUUGAAUUACUAUUUUCUGAAGGAUCUAAACUUCUAAUCCAUGAACUUCCUUCUAUAUUUGACGGAUCAGCUAGGUUGAAAGCACAACCCCAGGAUGACUCUAAAGCUACUUUAGCUCCAAAGAUAACCCCUGAAGAGUCAUGGCUAUCUUUUGAUGAAGAAGCUCCAGUCCUACAUAAUAAAGUUCGUGCAUUUGCAGGUUGGCCAGGAACCCGAGCUAAGGUUGGAGUUGUUGACAAGAAAAAUGGUCAUGAAAAUAUCUUAGAGCUUAAAAUCAUAACUACGAGGGUCUGUAGCCAUUACAAUAUUCAGAGCAAUGAAGUCGAUGAAAUUACUUUUGUCAAGGGUGCCUUAGUAUUUCCAUGUGGAGAAUGCACAGGGCUUGAGGUUUUGGAAGUUCAACUUCCGGAGAAGGCCAUUAGUGCGGCUGCCUUCUGGAAUGGCUUGCGAGGACAAACACUGAAAAAGUUAUGACAGAGUUUGAUCAUUUUACUUGGGCGGCAUUUAAGAUUUAUCUUGAGGGUGUGAGGUUAGGAGAAUUUAUGGAGUUGUUAUCAAUGAUUUUGUGUCAUCUUUAAUUUUAUGCUGCUGUCCAUUGUUUUCAAUCCAUGUACCAUGUCACAAACUUUCAACUGCAAUAAAUCUUGAAAUUCCAUACA